AAAAUCCAGUCAGGAGUGUGGAUUUGGCUGCUCCCUGGUCGAGGCAGUCUGUCCAGCUGUACACUCGGAAUGACAGCACAGCACAUUAUUCUAGUGUUAGCUGAGCUCAAAAUAAGUUUAAUUACAUAGACGCCAUGGGUUGUUAGGAUCUGGAACAUAGUUUUAUAUGAUGUAACUCUGAUGAGUCGAAGGUAGGGGCGGUCAGAAAUAGUUUAGGGUCGUGUUGGUACGAGCGGUUAAUGCUAACUAACAAAUAGCUUGCUAAUGAGGAAUUUAAUACAAGUUAACCGCGAAAGCUAACGGGUAAAUUAUUGAAUGCGGUCCGAUAAAAGAGGCUUUGGAACAUUUUGCAACCGGAGCGGUUGUUGGGAAAGUUUUAUUGAGAUUUAGGAAUCAUGGCGUCGAUGUAGUUUGACUGAGUUUGGGCUGUCAACAAGCUCGCUGCUGACGUUAGCUAACCCUGGCUAGCCAGCUAACUCUCCUGCCACCAUGGCCAAAACCGAGAACGGCCGCCCGUCAGUGGACAUGGGGAGCAUCAGGACGCUGAACAGCAGCCACAUGGAGGAUGAGAGCUCCUUGGGAUCCGACUCGGAGAUCAACGGCUUCACCAGCGAGAGGCAAGCCGACAGAUACGGCUUUAUCGGAGGGGCGCAGCAGUACUCGGAGGAGUCCGCUCAGGACGUCCCCCCCGAGGUGCUGAGGCAGCGCGAGGUCAAGUGGCUGGACAUGCUCAGCCACUGGGACAAGUGGAUGAUCAAGAGGUUCAAUAAGGUGAGACUCCGCUGUCAGAAGGGGAUUCCUCCCGCCCUGAGAGGCCGCGCCUGGCUCUACCUUUCAGGAGGGAAGGUGAAGAGGGAACAGAACCAAGGAAAGUUUCAGGAGCUGGACAGUCAGCCAGGAGACCCAAAAUGGCUCGACGUGAUUGAGAAAGAUCUCCAUCGACAGUUUCCUUUUCACGAGAUGUUUGUGUCGCGAGGAGGACACGGGCAGCAGGAUCUGUUUCGUGUUCUCAAGGCAUACACUCUGUACAGACCGGAGGAGGGAUACUGCCAGGCCCAGGCCCCUAUUGCUGCUGUUUUGCUGAUGCACAUGCCUGCUGAGGAUGCUUUCUGGGGAUUGGUCCAAAUCUGCGAGAAGUAUCUUCCUGGUUACUACAGCCCAGGCUUGGAAGCGAUCCAGUUAGACGGAGAGAUCCUGUUUGCUCUGCUGCGCCGCGUCUCCCCACUAGCCUUCCGGCACCUGGAGAAAUAUAAGAUCGACCCCAUCCUGUACAUGACUGAGUGGUUUAUGUGUGCCUUCUCCAGAACCCUGCCCUGGGCUUCAGUGCUGCGUGUCUGGGACAUGUUCCUCUGUGACGGAGUCAAAAUCAUUUUCCGGGUGGGUUUGGUGCUGCUUAAGUGCACACUAGGGACUCGGGAGAAGCUGAAGACCUGCCAGGGUCUGUACGAAACCAUGGAGCUCCUCCGGGCCAUCGACCCUCGCUACAUGCAGGAGGGAUUCCUGGUCCGAGAGAUUCUCGAAGUGCCCGUGACAGCGCGGGACGUAGAAAAAGAGCAUCACACCCAGGUCAAACGCUGGAAGAAGAACCGCGGCGAGCUGAACUUCAAGCCCGCCCCGAGGAUGCAUGGAGCCCGCAUCAUCAUGCUGGCCGAGCCGCCCAGGCGCCAGGACCUGCAGCAGAACCCCACCAUCGUGCUGGAGGUUCCCGAGCCUCCCCAGAAGCUGAACAAGGGCAAAGAGGAGCGGAAGAGCAAGAAGAAAAAGAGCAUGAAGAAACCGACCGCCCUCGAGGAGAUCCCAAACCCAUACCCUCUCCCCACAGAUCCGCCUUCUCAAUCUUUGAAUCCUCCUCCGCCAUCUUUGAAUCCUCCUCCGCCAUCUUUGAAUCCUCCUCCGCCAUCUUUGAAUCCUCCUUCGCCAUCUUUGAAUCCUCCUCCGCCAUCCUUGGCUACGCCUCCACCAACCUUUGAUCCGCCUCCACCAACCUUUGAUCCGCCUCCACCAACCUUUGAUCCGCCUUCUCCAUUCUUGGAUCUGCCUUCUCCAUCCUUGGCCCCGCCUCCCCCAUCCUCGGAUCCACCCUCUCCGCCUCAAUACGCCAGCGUAACCCCGGAGACCUCACCAGAAACUGAAACGAACUCCAAUCACCAACAGAGCACGCCUCCUACAGGCCUUCCUGCUGCCAAAGAAUCUGCUCUCCAGCAAUCCACACAAAGCCUUAGCAGCUCAGAGCAGGAUACAUACCUGUAGCUGUAAAAGCUGCACAGCCGUGUGUGUGUGUAUGUGUGUGUUUUCAUAUGUUUGUGUGUGUAAAAAGCACCAGCACCCUACAAUCAAAAAGCCAGCCUCGCCGACGUCUCCCAACCGGCCAGCAUCCUCGUUAAUCUUAGCGCUGGACUUUUCUCCUUUUUUUUGUAUUCAUGUUAAACACACGUUUUCCUGUAUUAUUAUUCACAUACUCUAAAAACGUACGUGCAAAGUGUACAACUACUCAAAUCCUGUUAGUUGACCACGUCAAGCUGCAGCUUCCACGUGAGAUGCUGAAUGCUCACUGCAAGUCUUAAUUUUCUGUUUAAAGCUGUCAAGUUACAAAGUGUUUGUCUUUGUGGAUCAACGUAGAAGGUGCCAAAGUUAUGCAACUUCCGCUCAAGCUCAACACUAGUAAUUUAACAGGUGACACGGUGCAACCAGCACACAAGACGUUUCUGGUUUAGUCCACCAGAGGGCAGCCUCACACAACCUCACCCUGUUUUUCCACAUUGCUAGGACAACUGACCACAGUACUGAGUCACUAAAUGUGCUCUCUUUUUGUAUUUGCUUCUCACAAACAUUUUUUGCUUUCAGUCGAACUGAUGUGCCGCGAAUAUCUCCCGAGUUCAUCGUCUUCCACCAGCAGGUUUCUACGUUGUUGGACAGGAGAAAACGGGACAUUCCUCUUUGACACAUUCCUGCCUUCUUAAACGCUAUUCACUUCGGAAGCUGUCUCUUGUAGAUAUGCAGAUCUGUGUAACGUGGGCAUGUGUGUGUGUGUGUGUGUGUGCACACGCAACUCCCAUCCAAACACGAUCAGUGAAUGACUGCAGAUCACCUGUUGGUGCUGACCUUUGCUUUUUACGUCACUUGAGAAUUUGUAAGAAUGAAGGUCAAUUUUUUGGGGAACUUUUUUUUUUUUUUUUUUUUUAGUUUUCUACAGCUAGAUCUUCCAAAGAAAAACAAGACUGUUCUGAGACUUAUCCGUGAUAUCGUGCUGCGUUCACGGUCAAUGGGGAUUAUGGGAUUUCCACAUGGGAGAUUUGUAGCUUUUUUCUAUGUAAUUACUUAUACGAAGACCUUCAGGGGUUGUGAGGCUUUUUUUUUUUUUUUUUUUGUAUUUCCUCUUUCAAAACACAACAAUCCAUGUCAGUCCAGCUCUUGUUACUUUUAUCACUAAAUGUAAGCACACACUUGUGGAUGUGAGAGUGUAUAAAAACGUCAAAUAUAUAUAUAUAUGUAUAUAUAUAUAUAUAUCUGUUAAAAAAAAAAAAACUAACGCAGUGAGGGUUAGGAUAUGUGACAUCUGUAUGCAAUUUCUUUUUUUCACAUUUGUCUUCUGUGUUUAAAUGCUUUUUUGUGUAGAUAUGACUUGUAAAAAAAGAUUUUUGUCUUUAAAAAAAAAAGCAUAAUGCUGAAUUUGUACUGAGUGGUUAAAGAAACAGACUUUAAGUCAAAGUAGGCCAAUUUAACACUAGAAAAAAGGUUACAAUAUGGAGUUUGCAGGAAACUUGCUACUUUUUUUUUUUACUCCAAAAAGAUUUUUCUUUUCCUUUUAUUUACACUAGAGAUACAGGAGAUGUGUGAUUAACACGGAGGCUUGAGUUUUACAGUUGCGGGGAAAAAUGUCUUUGGUUAUUCUCGCCUGAAACAUUUGUUGCAAGUUUGAUUGCCAAUAGUGCAGUGUGCCCUGCUCACCAGCAGAUGGCAGACAGGAGUCACUGCUUUGAUCUGUCCUCCACUGUGGGUUACAUUAAUUUUUUUUUUUUUUUUUUUAAUACAGUUGCACCUUUUUAUAACUAGACGUAUGGAUAAAGUUAACUGCAUAUUUCCAUUACAUUUGUAAACAUGCUACAGCUGAGGUUGAUGUUACAGCUCUCAUUUUGAAUAAAGUCUAUAAAUGCAU